GCGCCCCGCGGAUGACAACAAAUACAUCGCGCGGCGGCGGUGGAAGUGUCUGCCUCAGUCUCAGCCUCAGCCGCUGUAGCCUCUCCCCGCGCUCCCUCGCACUCUCUCUCUGUGCCGACCAGGACCCCCUCGGAAGCCCCCGGGCCUGGGGCGACCCGGACUCCUCUACGCCGUGUCCCCGCCAGGCCUAGCGUGAGCGGCGCGGCGCAGGUUAUGGGGUCGCCUUGAGGGACGCCCGGCUCCGAGCGGGCAUGAAGGGGCCGCCCCGGGCUUAGGCUCCGCCACGGCCUGAAGACGCCGGCCGGGACGCGAGGCGCCGCCUUUGCGGCCUGGAGCCGGAGCUUGGACCCCGAGGCCGGAGCCGUCGCAGCCCGCAGCCCCAGCCGGCCCAGCUGUCACCCCUCACCAUGCCUUGGCCGUUUUCGGAGUCUAUCAAGAAGAGGGCCUGUCGGUACCUUCUGCAGAGGUAUCUGGGCCACUUCCUGCAGGAGAAGCUGAGCCUGGAGCAGCUCAGCCUGGACCUGUAUCAGGGCACCGGGUCCCUCGCCCAGGUCCCCUUGGACAAAUGGUGUCUCAAUGAAAUCCUGGAGUCAGCAGAUGCACCUUUAGAAGUCACUGAAGGAUUCAUUCAGUCAAUUUCUCUGUCAGUUCCAUGGGGCUCCUUGCUACAGGAUAAUUGUGCACUGGAGGUGAAAGGGUUAGAAAUGGUCUUUCGACCUAGACCUCGCCUAGCAACUGGUUCUGAGCCUAUGUAUUGGUCAAGUUUCAUGACCAGCAGUAUGCAAUUGGCAAAAGAAUGUCUUAGCCAGAAACUGACAGAUGAACAAGGAGAAGGAUCCCAGCCUUUUGAAGGAUUGGAAAAGUUUGCUGAAACUAUUGAAACAGUACUAAGAAGAGUAAAAGUCACUUUUAUAGAUACUGUCUUAAGAAUUGAACAUGUGCCAGAAAAUUCCAAAACUGGAACUGCACUCGAAAUUCGAAUAGAAAGAACUGUAUACUGUGAUGAGACUGACGAGUCCUCAGGAAUUAAUGUCCAUCAACCCACAGCUUUUGCUCACAAGUUACUUCAGCUCUCUGGAGUGUCUCUCUUCUGGGAUGAGUUUUCUGCAUCAGCAAAAUCUUCCCCAGUGUGUUCAACUGCACCAGUGGAAACUGAGCCAAAGCUGUCACCUAGCUGGAACCCCAAAAUUGUUUAUGAGCCACACCCACAACUAACUAGAAAUUUACCAGAGAUAGCACCCUCUGACCCAGUGCAGAUUGGAGGGUUAAUUGGUAGGAUGGAGUUGAGUCUCACGUUGAAACAGAAUGAAGUACUUCCUGGAGCAAAGUUGGAUGUUGAUGGACAGAUAGACUCUAUUCAUCUAUUCCUGUCACCAAGGCAGGUACACUUGCUUUUGGAUAUGUUGGCAGCUAUUGCUGGACCAGAAAAUUCUAGCAAAAUAGGGUUAGCUAAUAAAGAUAAGAAAAAUCGACCCAUGCAGCAGGAAGAUGAAUAUCGAAUUCAGAUGGAAUUAAACCGGUAUUAUUUGAGAAAAGAUUCCCUCUCUGUGGGUGUAUCUUCAGAGCAAAGCUUUUAUGAGACAGAAACGGCUCGUACACCUUCUAGCCGUGAAGAAGAAGUUUUCUUCUCCAUGGCUGAUAUGGACAUGUCCCAUAGUCUGUCUUCUCUUCCACCCCUUGGGGACCCACCAAAUAUGGACCUUGAGUUAUCAUUAACUAGUACAUACACAAAUACCCCAGCAGGAUCUCCGUUAAGUGCUACUGUGCUUCAGCCAACUUGGGGAGAUUUCCUUGACCAUCAUAAAGAACAGCCAGUGAGAGGGUCAACAUUUCCAUCCACUCUAGUUCACCCAGCAUCUUUGCAGAAGACUUCACUCCCAUCUAGAUCUGUUUCAGUGGAUGAAUCCAGGCCUGAACUUAUUUUCAGACUAGCUGUGGGAACUUUUUCAGUCUCUGUGCUUCACAUUGAUCCUUUAUCUCCACCUGAAACAUCACUGAACCUCAAUCCAUUGACACCUAUGGCAAUAGCUUUCUUUACUUGUAUAGAAAAGAUUGAUCCAGCGAGAUUUUCAACAGAAGAUUUUAAGUCUUUCCGAGCAGUAUUUGCAGAAGCUUGCUCACACGAUCACCUUAGGUUUAUAGGUACUGGCAUCAAAGUAUCCUAUGAACAAAGACAAAGAUCAGCUUCCCGGUAUUUUAGUACUGAUAUGUCCAUUGGGCAAAUGGAGUUUUUGGAGUGCCUAUUUCCAACUGAUUUUCAUUCUGUUCCUCCUCAUUAUACAGAGCUUUUAAUGUUCCAUUCCAAAGAAGGAACUGAUUCCCAUCCCCCUGUGUGUCUUCAGCUUCAUUAUAAGCAUUCUGAGACUAGAGGACCCCAAGGCAAUCAAGCAAGACUUAGUUCAGUUCCUCAGAAGGCAGAAUUACAAAUUAAAUUAAAUCCAGUGUGUUGUGAACUGGAUAUCAGUAUUGUGGACAGGUUAAAUUCCUUGCUUCAACCACAAAAACUUACUACAGUAGAGAUGAUGGCAUCUCACAUGUAUACUUCAUAUAAUAAGCAUAUUAAUCUGCACAAGGCUUUCACUGAAGUAUUCUUAGAUGAUUCACAUAAUCCUGCAAAUUGUCGGAUAUCAAUACAAGUUGCCACACCAGCAUUAAACCUGUCUGUUCGCUUCCCAAUACCUGAUCUUCGAUCAGAUCAAGAAAGAGGACCGUGGUUUAAGAAGUCGCUUCAGAAGGAGAUCCUUCAUUUAGCAUUCACAGAUCUAGAAUUUAAGACUGAAUUUAUAGGAGGAUCAACUCCAGAACAAAUUAAGUUGGAACUUACCUUUAGAGAACUAGUUGGGUCAUUCCAGGAAGAGAAAGGAGAACCAUCUGUUAAGUUUUUCCACGUGUCUAGCAGAAUAGAUGGAGAUACAACAUCAUCAGAUGACUUUGACUGGCCACGAAUUGUACUGAAAGUAAAUCCACCAGCUAUGCAUUCCAUUUUGGAGAGAAUAGCAGCUGAGGAAGAAGAAGAAAAUGAUGGUCACUACCAGGAAGAAGAGGAAGGAGGUGCUCAUUCCCUGAAAGAUGUUUGUGAUCUGAGAAGACCAGCUCCAUCUCCUUUUUCUUCUCGUAGAGUAAUGUUUGAAAAUGAACAGAUGGUGAUGCCAGGAGACCCUGUAGAAAUGACAGAGUUUCAGGAUAAAGCAAUCAGCAAUUCUCACUAUGUGCUGGAACUUACGUUACCAAAUAUUCAUAUAACACUACCUAGUAAAAGCUUUUAUGAGAAGCUUUAUAAUAGGAUCUUUAAUGACUUGCUACUGUGGGAGCCAACAGCUCCUUCACCAGUGGAGACAUUUGAAAAUAUUUCCUAUGGUAUUGGGCUUUCAGUAGCCAGUCAACUGAUUAAUACCUUCAGCAAAGAUAGUUUUAGUCCAUUUAAAUCUACAGUUCACUAUGAUGAGGAAAGUGGAUCUGAGGAGGAGACUUUGCAGUAUUUUUCUACCGUUGAUCCAAACUAUCGUUCCCGUAGGAAAAAAAAACCAGACUCUCAGAACAAGAAUUCGCAGAGUUUUCUCUCAGUUCUUUUGAAUAUUAACCAUGGGUUAAUGGCAGUGUUCACAGAUGUAAAGCAAGAUGAUGGAGAUCCGCUGGAAAACAAACAUGGUGAAUUCUGGUUAGAGUUCAGUAAUGGUUCAUUAUUUUGUGUGACAAAAUAUGAAGGUUUUGAUGACAAGCACUACAUUUGCCUUCAUUCUAGCAGUUUCAGUCUAUAUCACAAAGGCAUAGUAGAUGGAGUGAUUCUUCCUACAGAAACACGACUACCUAGUUCAACCCGCCCACAUUGGUUGGAACCUACUAUUUAUUCCUCUGAAGAAGAUGGCCUCAGCAGAACUUCUUCAGAUGGUGUUGGAGGAGACAGUUUGAAUAUGCUCUCUGUUGCGGUUAAAAUAUUGUCUGAUCAAUCAGAGUCCAAUACAAAGGAAUUUCUCAUUGCCGUAGGACUGAAAGGAGCCACUCUUCAGCACAGAAUGCUACCUUCUGGGCUUAGCUGGCAUGAGCAGAUUUUAUACUUCUUGAAUAUUGCUGAUGAACCUGUUUUGGGAUAUAAUCCUCCAACUUCAUUUACAACUUUUCAUGUUCAUCUUUGGAGCUGUGCACUUGACUAUAGGCCCCUUUAUUUGCCAAUCCGAUCUCUUCUUACUGUUGAAACAUUCAGUGUUUCUAGUAUUGUGGCGUUGGAUAAAUCUUCUUCUACUCUCAGAAUAAUCUUGGAUGAAGCUGCUUUACAUCUGUCUGACAAAUGUAAUACUGUCACUAUAAAUCUGAAUAGAGAUUAUGUUCGUGUGAUGGAUAUGGGGCUUUUGGAAUUAACUAUAACUGCAGUGAAGUCUGAUUCUGAUGGAGAGCAAACUGAGCCCCGCUUUGAGUUACACUGUUCCAGUGAUAUUGUCCAUAUCAGAACGUGCUCAGACUCUUGUGCUGCAUUAAUGAAUCUCAUUCAGUACAUUGCAAGCUACGGUGACUUACAUGCACCUACCAAGACGGAAAUGAAGCCUGGAGCCCCUCAGAGAAAGCCACAGGUAGAUUCCAGUGGUCAGUCAUCUUCACGAGGUCCAGCACUUCCUGAAGCAGAUCAACAGAUUUUACGAGAUCUGAUGAGUGAUGCGAUGGAGGAGAUCGACAUGCAACAAACCACUUCACCCUUAAAACCACAGGCUAAUGGUGUUUUGGAUGACAAAUCUCAAAUUCAGGAGCCAUGUUGUUCAGACCUAUUCCUGUUUCCAGAUGAGAGUGGGAAUGUGUCCCAGGAGCCCGGCCCCACUUAUGCCUCAUUCACUCACCACUUGAUGAGUGAUACAGUGACAGGUGUGCCCAUUGAAAGUGAUGACUUUUGCAUUCUUUUUGCACCAAAAGCAACUGUCCAGGAGAAAGAAGAAGAACCAGUUAUAAAAGUCAUGGUUGAUGAUGCAAUUGUGAUAAGAGACAAUUAUUUCAGUCUGCCUGUUAAGAAAACAGAUACGAGCAAAGCCCCAUUACACUUUCCCAUUCCUAUAAUUCGGUAUGUUGUUAAGGAAGUCUCUCUUGUUUGGCAUCUUUAUGGAGGAAAGGAUUUUGGAACAGUCCCUCCUACUUCUCCAGCUAAAAGUUAUACUACUAGUCCCCAUGGUUCACCUUCUCACACACCCACAAGACAUGGUCGUAAUAUGGUAUAUGGGGGAAAAGGAAGGAACCAUGACUUUUUAAUGGAAAUACAAUUAAGUAAGGUGAAGUUUCAGCAUGAAGUCUACCCCGCAUGCAAACCAGAAUGCGAUUCCAGCCUCGUAGAACACCCUGUCUCCCGGCAGGUGUUCAUCGUGCAGGAUCUUGAAAUUCGAGAUCGUCUGGCAACAUCGCAAAUGAAUAAAUUUUUGUACCUGUAUUGCAGUAAGGAAAUGCCUCGAAAAGCUCAUUCCAACAUGUUGACAAUUAAAGCAUUACAUGUGCGUCCAGAGUCUGGCAGGUCACCACAGGAAUGCUGCUUGAGAGUGGCUCUCAUGCCUCUUCGCCUCAAUAUCGACCAGGAUGCCUUGUUCUUCCUGAAGGAUUUCUUCACAAGUCUUUCUACAGAAGUAGAGCUUCUAAUGACUCCAGAUCCAGAAGUUAAAAAGUCUCCUGGAGCUGAUGUCACUUGCAGUUUGCCAAGGCAUUUGAGUACCUCAAAGGAGCCAAAUCUAGUUCUUUCUUUCCCUGGGCCAAAGCAACCUUCCCACAGUGAUAGUGCCAAUUCAGUGGAAGUGGUUAAUGGGGUGGAAGAGAAGGACUUUGCUGAAGAAGCAUCAUCACAUCAGCCUGUGUUUUUUAGAGAAUUUAGAUUCACAUCAGAAGUUCCUAUUCGACUUGAUUAUCAUGGCAAACACUUAUCAAUGGAUCAGGGUACAUUAGCUGGGAUUUUGAUUGGUCUGGCUCAAUUAAACUGCUCUGAACUAAAGCUGAAGAGGCUUUUCUAUCGGCAUGGUUUGCUAGGUGUUGACAAAUUAUUCUCAUAUGCAAUCACUGAAUGGCUUAAUGACAUUAAGAAGAACCAGCUACCAGGAAUCCUGGGAGGUGUUGGGCCUAUGCAUUCACUAGUACAAUUAGUGCAAGGCCUGAAGGACUUGGUCUGGUUACCAAUAGAGCAGUACCGGAAGGAUGGCCGCAUUGUCAGGGGAUUUCAGAGAGGCGCUGCUUCAUUUGGUACCUCAACAGCAAUGGCUGCUCUAGAACUAACAAACAGAAUGGUCCAAACUAUACAGGCAGCAGCAGAGACUGCAUAUGACAUGGUGUCUCCUGCUACCCUUUCUAUUGAGCCCAAGAAGACCAAAAGGUUUCCUCAUCACCGGUUAGCCCACCAGCCAGUAGACCUGAGGGAAGGAGUGGCCAAGGCCUACAGUGUUGUGAAGGAGGGAAUCACAGACACGGCUCAGACCAUCUAUGAGACGGCAGCUCGAGAACACGAGAGCAGAGGGGUAACCGGUGCCGUGGGUGAGGUCCUGCGCCAGAUCCCUCCGGCCGUGGUGAAGCCUCUGAUUGUCGCCACAGAAGCCACAUCAAACGUGCUAGGUGGCAUGAGAAACCAAAUCAGACCAGAUGUUCGGCAAGACGAGUCACAGAAAUGGCGCCAUGGGGAAGACUGAUGUCUCCAGCGUGACGAUUAAUGAAGAUAAUGAGGGUGGCUACAAAGAGCCCAGUGUCCCACUGGCAGCUUUAGUGGAAACUCAUUUAAUUUUAUUGUGCUCAUCUCAGGAACAAAAGCAUUUUUUAGUUAAAUAAUUUAAUAUCAAAACAACAUGCAACCAAAAACUUCUGACAUUUUAGGGCUAGUUUAGUACUUGCCUGUAGAAAUGUUUGGUGGCUGGGGUCAAAAAUCCUUAAAGCAUUUGUUGCCAAGUUAGGGGAAUGCUUAUAUUUAUUAAAAUAACUAUAAUUCUCCUUGUUACAGCUGAGAUAUCAUUGGAAACCUCCUUCUACAGUCUAGAGUGCUCAAAAAACAUUUGAACAUUCUUAAAGCACUAUUUGUGUAAUUCUGGGGAGUUGGUUUUUCCUCAAGGUUUAAAAAGAAUCACAGCUUCAAAACUUUCAUGGAGAAUGAGAAACAGAAGCCACUGGGGAAGCAAAGCAAGUAGGAUUUUCCAUAUAAAUAUCAGUGUGAAAAUAGUAGCCAACUCUGUUGGAUUUAGUGUUCAUGCACUUGAGAACAGCACUAUUUCCAUUUACUAGAACAUCCUCCUGUGGGGGUUUGGGAAAGUGAAUGUUGCAGACGUGUUCUGUGGUGUUGCACUUUAUCCUGUGUGUGUGUGUGUGUGUGUGUGUGUGUGUGUGUGUGUGUGUGUGUGUUUUAGAUUAAUACAAGUUAUGUGCUAUAUUCUUUAUGUAAUUUACAAAGUUACACAAAAUAUAAAGAGGAGUAAAAUCAUUUGAAAGUUUUUGGCAAAAGAAGGUAACCCAAAUGUAAUAGUUUCUUUUAUUGUAAGUGUAAAUGAAAGUGUGUAUUCUCUGAUGAACUGGGGCCCAUUUGGUUGUUUAUAUGUUUGAUUUUAAGCAGGUAUAGUGCAAGCUAGUUAGGAAUGUGUGGAAAGAGAGAUUGGAAGUGGUUUUUAUUCUUUUAAAAUUUACCAGAAGUCCUCCAGAUAUGCCCUAGUCAGCUAUUUCAAAGUACCAUUUUUUACUUGGUUAACAGUGUACAUUUUGAUAACCUGACAGGAAUGAAUAAAGUAUUUUUAUUUAAAGGUAAAAUUGUUUAAUGCUUCCAUGAAUAUUUUGCUUUUCUUAGAGCAUAUUCAUAGGUGCAAUACAAUGAUUUACCCCAAGAUAUUUGGGAACACUUCCUCAAAAUCGAUUUUGGUUAAUAUCAAGUAAAUCAUUAUUUAGGAGAAGAGGGAAAUUGUUCUCAAUCCCAGACUUUAGAUUAGCAGAAAGAAAAUGUGGAAUUUUGUAUUCAUCUGCUGUUUAAAGUUGGGUGUUAUGACUUCUCAUUUUUUAAAGUAGGGGGAAUAUCAUUGAGGUAAAUUUGGAUUUCAGAACUGCAUGUCAAUUUGGGGUUUAGAAAUGAAGUUAAAUCAGUUUCAUUCUUUAAAUUUUAUAGGAAAUUAAAGCAGGAAAAGCAAUGUAAACCAAAAAUCCAAAUGUUUAAAAUUUAUAAACAUUGUGUUAUAUAGUAUCCAAUUUAAUUGUUAUUUUAUUUCCUUUUUAUUGCUGGAAAAUUUUAAAAGGGCAUUGCUCAGAGGAACCACCUGUUUAAGCAUCAUGGAACCAUUUGUUACUCUAUCCCUAUUAAAUGGGGUCCAUAUAGCGUGUGAUCCUGACUAAAUGCUAACAGGUUAUAAUACUGUUUAUUACCAUGAAGGCUCAUCCUGCUUCUGGGGCACAUUCUGACUACCCUGCCCAGCAACCCCAGUAUUCUUCAUGCUAUGUAUGAUAGUGGUUAUGAUUAAUCAAACUGAAAAACACUUGAUAUAACUUAAGAAUUUUAAAUCUCUAACUUUUAAAUAUACUUUCUAUAGUUAUACUUAAGUUCAACUAGGUGUAGUAUAGAAAUAAAUAAUUUAUCUUCCUCUUGCAUUCUGAGUCAUAAAUAGACCCUUUUAACAAAUUUUCUAAAUCCCAUAUAAACACAUAUCUUUAUAAUGUAAUUUUCAUAGUUCUUUCUCUGUUUUGUCCUCCUGCACCUGCUACUGACAGAAUCAUCAUUUGGUAACAAAACCUUGUGCCUCAGAAAGAUUGUCUCAAGGGUCUAUUCAUUGUCAGAUUAGCCAAGAUGCUCUUUACUUGACAUGUUUGUAGAGGACCUAUCUAUAUUUGAACAUUUCUACAUUAUUAAGUAUACUUAAUUUUUUAAAAAGUGUCUUUUCAAACUUUUGUCUUUUUGACAUAGUAAAAAGAAUGUUGUGCAGGAUCCUUGAGUUGCCAGAUCUGCAACUUGCCAAGUGGACAACUUGGCCAAGACUUAUCCUCUCUAAGCCUCCAUGUCCCUCUCUGUAAACAAAGGGGUUUCUUAAGACAAAGUCCAGUGGGCAUUUUUGGAUGAUUAGGCCAUGCAUGCGUGUGUGUGAAUGAUGGUAUGAUGGUAUGUGAAGUAAUGCUCAGUACAGUGGCCCAGGCCUAUGACGCCUCAGACUGGUACACACAUCCCACAUGGAGCAGCUGUGUGCUACUUUAGAACAAUCCAUUUCUGCACUGUCACAGUGCCUGCGUGGUUGAGUUCUGUGAUCCCUCUGACCCAGGCAGACUGCACAUGUCUUCUUGUUGCUCUGCUGAGUCCUUAUAGUUGUCAGUCCAAGGAGUCCAGGUAAGCAAGCUUGAUCCAGAUCUGUCAGCAAGUUUCAGAACCUCACAGUGCUAUCAACACAUUAAGACCACUGUGCAUCACAAGUAGAAAGGCAGAGAAGGCCAUGGCAUUGUCGUCUUCUCAAAUGGGGCUGAUUUGGAACCCCCAAUUUUCCCUUUCUGUCUGUCCUCAGCUUGCUGUAAUUUACAAGAAAAAAGUCCACUGAACAUUUGCCUUUAAGAUAGAUAAAACACAAUGUUUCUUCUUGAUAUCAUAGCAGUAGACUUUCAUUUUAAUAAAUGUUGGGUACAAAUUGGAUUUCCACUUAAGUACAUAUAUUUGACAUCAAUAUUUUUAUAAUGCAAAACUCAGUUUAAGAAAAAAUAAUCUUUCCAAGAAGCAGUGUGCCUAAGAUGGCAAAAUACUAAAAACCUGUGUUUCCUGUCUCCUGCCAUAUGUCACUUUUAGAUGCCAUUGAAAUAUUUAUGGCUUUGAGGAAAUUACUUUUUAACCAUCUCCUUUAAAAACUGUUUUGUAAGUUGGGUGGCUUUCGUUCAGUUUCAAAAAAGUCCAAACAACUACGUCUGCCCCUGCAGAGGCUAUUUGUCCAAGGGCGGUGUGCCCCCUUCAGGUGUCCUUUGAUUUGUGUCCUUUGCACUGUGUGUACUCACCAGAGUGGAGAGACAGCAGUCAGAGUUGAAAUUUAAAGUAGUGAUUUCAAAUGAGGAAUCCACACUUGCACUAAAUGGUUUCAGGAUUUUGUCUUAAAUUUUACAUAUGUAAAAAGCAUGACAAGAAAAAUCACUCAACUUUGCUUCAGUUUGCUUACACCUGCACUGAGUGUAAUUCCUCAGACCCGGGGGCGGGACGUGUGGCAGGGCUAUGAGGAGCACCCCUUACCUUUUUUCCUUUCACUUCUCUUGACCUACACUUACGACAUCAGAGAGAAGUCCAUAAAGUCCUUUAAGUUCCAUGAAAGUAAGGGACUGUCCAAACACAAAGUGAUAUUGUUUUGUAUCUGCAAAUGCAUCAAGUGGACAUACCAAUUCAUAUCAAAUAGAAUAAAUCAGAUACAAAUUUUUGAGUCUUCGAUUAAAAGGAAGAUCAUUUGUAUAGUAUAGAUAAUGAAGGAUAAAAAGAUUUCUUUUUCAUUACCGGGGAAUCUUAUUUUUGUUUACUGGAAGAUAUAGUCACUCUUUUCAUAUAAGAAAAACGUAGUGUUUUCAUGUCAACUUACAUUUAUUUCAACAUUUUCAGGAUCCUUUAAUAGACAUUACAUGUACAGUUGCAAGUCAGCCAGUUUUACUCAGAAUUGUUUUCAUCAUAGUGUCUGCAAAUCAGAUAGAAAAAGCAUUCAAACACAACUACUAUGAUAGGCUUCUUUUGGGAUGAGAAUUUGUUUCAACAAUUCGUAUUUUGAAAUGUCAGCAGUUUUUGUAAAUGUAGGUGUUGAGGGUUAUUUUGGCCUCCUACAACACUGGUCCCUUGGUUUCAAGCAUGUUGCUUUAUAGUACACACCAGAGUGCUGUCUGCUGUAUUUCAAGAGAUUGUAAAUGUGAUGUCAGCUGGCUUGACUACAUUCUGAUAUCCCCGGUGGUUGAAAUAGCAGCCCCUCCGUUUAAAAUGUUUACUUUGCUGUUUCAUAUGUAUUUUGUAUGUAUGAAAUGGCAGCUUCCAAUUUCUAGUUGGAUUUGUCUUGCAUUGUUUGAAUAUAACUUGUUGGUCCCACAGGACUAUUUGCUUUUUCAUUGAGAAAUUUGGUAGGGGCGUCGAGUUCAGUUUUUAUGUUGAUCCCAGCCUUACUUAUUCUAGACACUGAGUUUAACUCACCACAAGUAAAAGAACAUUUGUGUGUACAUUGACUGUCGUUGCUAAGUUUCCUAAUUACCAUAACUAUAGAUGUGAAUACUUUAAGAAUACUGAUGCUGUACAAGUAUUUUUGUGGCAAUGUAACUUGUUAGU